AUGUAUCUCACCGCGGACAAACAACCUACGGAAAGAUUGCAAACGUUGAUUCAAGAGUAUUUUACUGGGACCAAUCAUACUGCCUGUUGCCAGUUCAUUGAUGCCAUUCAGCAUUCUUCGGAAAUUUGGGAGAUAGGCAUUUCCCUGCUAGACUGCAAUCUGCCGUUUUCCGCACGUUUUUUCGGCGCUAUGCUUUUGCAUACGACCUUAAAUUCAGCUUCCGUCCCACCUACGGAGAAAUUGUUGAUGAUUCGCGAGCGAUUGUUAACAUCUAUUGUGGAACUUCGUGACUUGGAAAGUGAAGGAACUGGGAAAAUAUCCAUGCUUUUAAAACAGCUUUUCAAAGCAUUAGUGCAUUUGGUUUUCCGAACUGUUGAUUCCUGGGACUUUCCCGUUAGCUUUGUGGUCAGUCAUUUAAAAGAUUCCGAGUCCAAAGUUUUGACACAACUACCGGCAGAUUCGGCAGCUACGGAUGCAAACAACUUUGUGGUGUGCUUCCUAUCCAUUCUUGUUGAAGAAUUCAGCUCCGCUAAUUUGUUGUUUCAUGUGCGGCAACAAAUCAAGCAUCUCAUUCUCAAGGAAGAGUCUCUUGUUUUUCAAAUUUUCCAGAAAGCCAAAGAAAUGGAAGAGGCCCACAAAGCUAGUAAGGCCCGGAGAUUAUUUGAGUUGAUCCGUGCCACCGGUCCCCGGAAACCACCUGUGAGUGAAAGCAUCAAGCAUCAGAAUGGAACAACCAUCUCGAAUAAGGAGGAACGCCUUGGCCGGUGGGCUGAAUACUUCGUACAACAACAGUCGUGGCCACCGGCCGGCACUCACCUAGAGCCCACAAAUGAAGUAGAACCCUGGACGGUGAACGUGGAACCACCUACGGCCUCGGAGGAGCUUAUGACCUCACAAACAAACGAAGCCCUCUUGGCCAGCGUGUUUCGCUGCUGUUCACUGUGGCUGACCAAUCUGUCUGCCACAACAGGUGCGACAGAUUGUCUCAAUUUCGCUCGUGCCCUCUAUGGUCCAAUUAACCGUUCAGAAUUACUCUUCUCCGCCGGUUUGGAUUGCCUAAUCAACCUCUUUGAGGAAGGUGAUUUCGGACUCAGUUCAGGCCGAGAUACGGCCCAGUUACUGGACUUUCACAUUCAAAAAUUAGCAGGGCUACAGCCAUCGGUGAUGCGACUGGUUGAAGCUCAUUCAGCUGCUGUUCAUCGUGGCUUUCGUUGGGAGGAGUUCGCACAGAACGAAUUGAUGUCAAAGACGGCACUACUGAUUUUAACACUGACGGAGAGACAGAUGGGUAACCUUUGGAUGCGCGUCUUUCAGGCAGGAGAACCUCAUAGUGCAAUUCACAUGCUAUUUGACAUGUUCCUUUUCCCGAUGUCGUUGGCGGGAAAUUAUCCACUUGAGGAGUCAGUUAGUGAUCUGGGUGUUCAGGUCUGGUUCAAUGUGGUCGAUGCUCUACCGCCAAUCUGCGAAGCACCUCAACUAAAUCAAUCAACAUUGUCGUUCAUAGAAGAUCUACAAUGCCGCUUUUUAAAUGCUGCAUUCUCCAAGUGUCGGUUUACGCCUGACCUGGGAACAUUCUUUCAUUGUUGGCAAUCAGAACAACGAGAAGAGUGGUACAGAUUGCGAUCAGAACUGGCGGAUACUUUCCUUGCUGCUUAUGCCCAUCAACCGUCGCUUCCAUUUUUCGUACAGCUUCAGGCGAGGCUUCGGAACCUAGUGGAUCGCUACGUAAUGGAGGAGGCGCUCUCAGACUGGCAGGAACUUGAGGCCGUCAUCUUCGUUUUCAACUCUAUCAGCGAGCAAGUCGUGCAUGAAGUCGCACAUGAAAACCAUUCCACUAGUCAGCUGGCCUCUGCUGUGCUGUCCGCCGCUAUUCGACUUGCGGCAUGCAUGAAUGGUGGUCGUUCAAUCUUUGAAGGUUCAGCAAUGAUUGGCUCGUUGCUCUGUUCCGGUACUUUGGUGACACUUUUUCGGAACAUUAUACCUCUACUGGAACCGAACAAAUCACUCUUAUUAGAGAGUGAUUUAGUGGGCUUUUUUCUCAACUGUCUCGUGGCGGCAUCGCAAACAGAAAAACACAAGGAUGUGGCAAAUAGAACGGCCAGUUCUUCAUUGAAAACAAUUCAAAGUUUUAUUCAAGAACUUCCCCUGACAAUCACGCAAUCGGAACGCAUCAUUUCCACAUUGGGUGUGAUCAGUACCGGUCUGCUUCCCUUAUCCGUAAAUUUGGAGGCUCAACUUUGGAAAUGUGUUGGUCUUUUGUUACCGUUUUGUGGCAGUAGCAUAUCACUCAGCUCACUGAUUCACUUGCGAUUGGAAGAGACCAAAGUGAACCUGGAAUGCAUAGAAAACGAACAGGCAGGCAUGUGCAUUUUUCACAGCGAUAAUAUUCUCUUGCGAUUCGUUGCAUAUCUUCAUGUUAUCAGAAGCUGGAAAAAGGAGGAUAUCCGUCAUCUUCACAUCUCUCCAGGUCUCCCAAAGCAAAUGUGGUUACUUUGUUUUUUUUGUUUAUCCUCUCAGUUUCAACCAUUCGUGGAAUUGUUCCGUGGAGUGUCGAAGACAUUAAACAGAAUGGAUGAUUAUACGUGUGAUGAUGCAGUCGGUCCUUCCCUGCCCAUUAUCGAGAGGGCUCAAAUCCGAGAUAAUAUAUCGCGGCUAUUGCUUCAGCUGGUUGCAUAUCUAACGCAGUCACUCACCAACAAAAUGGGCUACUUUGAUCCGGAAUCCAUUGAAAUGGUUACAGAACUGCUGGAAUCGGGUUUUUCAGCCUGCUUCUCACCAACCAUGGAGAAUCCUUCAAGUCUACAUUGUCACGAUUCCUUAUUACAACGAACAGUGGAACUCACUUCACGGCUGUUAAACUAUACAUCCGAUCAUCUGCUUCCACAUUCGUUGGAAUUAUCCUGGCUAGUGAUUGAUACACUACUCCGGGAUCCGAUGCUCGAGUCGCGUUUCUCCGUUGGUCUGCAUCUUCUAGGCACUGUGCUCCAACACGUUGACACUGUGUUCACACGCCUAGCCGUCAGCGUGCUCGACAAUUCUGAUCCCAUGUUGGACUUCGGUCGUGGGGCGUGUUUGGAACAUCCUUUUCCACCAAUCUUGAUGGGAUUGAGAGCUCAAGAUAUCACUGAUCAAGUUGAGGCCUGUGCAACCUUUAUACAUCAUGUUUUAGACUGGCAGAGAAAAAAUAAGGAGUCCACUGUCGAGUAUGUGUGUAAAACCUGCUUGCUCAAUACUUACGAAUCGUUUGUUGGUGAUUCUAAGGCCCUUUUUUGGAGACUGUCAUUUACUACAACAUUCGCUGGCCUCUGUAUUCCGGAAUGGAACACGGUCGAUUGUUGUAUCCAUUUGUGUCAACGGCUGUUAACGCGACUGAACGACGAAAACCAUCACCAUGUAUUGCCCAAGAUGUGUGCUGACUAUCAACUCUUUCUGGCCAGUACGAACGUUCACCAUAAACGUUCGCAUUGCGAAACCUGGUGGCCAUCAACUGCAAAUGAACCAUGGACCCGGUUUGUUCGCGUGGCCCUCAGGCAUCAGUGGAGAACCAUGAUUCAAGACUGCCGUUCCUUCUGGGUCGCGCAACUUUUUUCCGCCAUGAUGCGAGCACGCGGUGGAUUUUGUUUCCCUUCAGACCCUCCCAACGCCAUCCAAUGUUGGGUAUCAUCAUCGUCGACAGCAUGA